AUGCCACCAAAAAGAAAGGCAUCACUGACUCGUCGAGAUAUUAAGCAUCGACAAGAUACCGCCCGCAAGAAAGUCGCCCGCUGUCAAGAAACUCCUGAUGUCGCAGAUGGCGCGCUAUUGUUCUCGAUCGCGCCAAUCUGGUUGCCAUGGAAGCGAUCUGUGUACUCUACAGUCAUUGUGCGCUACUGCGAAGCACACAUCGUACAAGAAAAAAAUAACCUGAAGCCAAUGGGAAAUUUGAUCGGUAAAUGUUGCGGAAAAAAUCACGACGACAAGGAGAAUAGAAGCGAGAUCUACCUUCCUACUUUGCGUCAGUGGGAAAACCGGAACGUUAGAAGUGUCCCCGUACGACUGACGAACGCGCGCUGUACCAGCAACUGCUCCUCGGUCCACGAACGCAGGGCGCUACUCGCCACACGUUCGCGUAGCGCCACCCUUCAGGACCGCAGGGAGCGAGCGGCAAGGAUCCCACAGAGGGCAGCACAUGCGGCGAGGCUGCGCGCCCUCGUGGCAGCCGAGGAGAAGAGGAGGAUGGAUGCGGCGGCGCUGCUGUACGCUCGGGUGAUGUCGGCUGCCGACGUUCACAGCCGCAUCAUGCAGAAGCGCGCCGAGACGGCGGCCAGAGCUCCCCAGAGGGCAGCACAGGCGGUGAAGAAGAGCGCCAUCGUCGCAGCCGCGGAGGAGCGCGGGAAGGCUGCGCGCGAGCGGGUGGAGGCAGCCGAUGAGAGGCGUCGCGCCAUCGCAGGCGAGCGCCGCGCCCGCUACCUGAUGCUAGAGAGCAGACGCCGAGAAGCUGUGCAGAGGCGGGCGGAGGUCGUCGCCGCCGCUGAUGCUGCCACUGCCGCCGAUAAUGAUGCUGUCGCUGCCAGUGAUGCUGCUACUGUCGCCACUGUCGCCGUUGACACUUCUGCAGAUGCAUCCGACAAUACUGAUGUCACCAUCGCUGUCGCUGCCGCUGAUGCUGCCACUGUCGCUGCCACUGUCACGGCUACUGAUUCCGCCACUGGUGCCGCCACUGUCACGGCCACUGAUAGGUGCAGUCGGCUGCCGGACGCUCACAGCCGCAUCUGCAGAAGCGCGCCGAGACGGCGGCCAGAGUUCCCCAGAGGGCGCCAGGCGUUGAAAGACAUUAGCGCCAUCGUGCAGCCGCGCGAGCGAGAGCGGAGGGAUGCGCUCGGCGAGCGGUGGUCACCGCAGGACUACGGGGAUUCGCUGUAG